UGGCGCUGAACGCGGGACACAAGGUCCGAACAACGUGCUGCUCUGUGGGUUCCUGGACCCCCGAGGUGGGACAUUCGGGAGCCUCAGCUCCGUGGCCGACAGAGAGACUCACCUCCGAGAGCUGGACGAGAGGGUUUCUAGCCCCCCCGGCCCCCAGGACCCCAAGGGCUGCUGCUGCCGCGGAAAACAGGUUUGAAGUUCCACCUCUAGGAGCAGGCCUACAAACUGCACUGAAAGAUCCAGGCAAGCCACAACUGCCUAAGGAAGAAGAGCUGUAAGAUAUCCUUCAGCCUGGUGCGGUGUGACGUCAUUUGGCUGCGCCGAGUGAGGACCCGGAUCCCGGAAGUGCCCCUUCCCCAGUCUUGGCGCUGAACGCGGGACACAAGGUCUGAACAACGUGCUGCUCUGUGGGUUCCUGGACCCCCGAGGUGGGACAUUCGGGAGCCUCAGCUCCGUGGCCGACAGAGAGACUCACCUCCGAGAGCUGGACGAGAGGGUUUCUAGCCCCCCCGGCCCCCAGGACCCCAAGGGCUGCUGCUGCCGCGGAAAACAGAAGUUCCACCUCUAGGAGCAUGCCUACAAACUGAAUUGAAAGAUCCAAGCAAGCCACAACUGCCUAAGGAAGAAGACCUGUGAAGUGUCCUCCAGCACUGAAUGUUUAUUGCUCAGACUGAGAGUGGAAAUCAGAGGAAGACCGUUGGUGGCAGAACUAUUGACAAUGCAAACACUGGAAUCAGUGACCUUCAGUGAUGUAUCUAUAGACUUUGAUGCAGAAGAGUGGGCCUUGAUGGAUAAAACCCAGAGAAACCUGUUCAGACAUGUUAUGCUAGAGGUUAUCAGUCAUCUGGUGUCAGUAGGGUAUCAGCUCUGCAAAUCAGAAGUGGUUUCCCAGUUGGAACAAGGAGAGGAACUGUGGAGGGAAGGAUUAGGAUUUCUCCAAGGACAGAGUACAAGCAGACAGAAAGACGAUAGAGAAGAAGAAAUGAUAACCAUGCCACAUAUCUGCAAUAAGAAGAAAUAUACCAUCCAGCCAAAGCAGCAGAUUUCUACUAUUGGAGAGGAUCCAUUUGUGAGUAAUCAUUUGGGAGAAGAUUUAAUUCACUCCACAUUGACUGACAUGGAAACAGAGCCCUAUGUAAAUGAACAUUCUCAAAAAGCUAUCAGUUAUCAGUCAUUCUUUACUGGACAUAAGCAAAUUCAGUCUGGACAUAAUUUGCAUGAUUAUCAUCCAUGUGUAAAAGCCUUGAGAAAUAUUUCUGUCCCUAGACAGUAUGAGAGAACUUGCACUGGAGAGAAAUCACAUGUCUGCCAUCUAUGUGGGAAAUAUUUCAGUCAAUGUUGUAACCUUAAGGAACAUGAGAGAACUCACACUAGGGAGACAGCAUAUAUCUGCCAUCAUUGUGGGAAAAUCUUCACUUAUAGUUCAAAGCUCAGAGACCAUGUGAGAACUCACACUGGGGAGAAACCAUAUGUCUGCAAAGUAUGUGGGAAAUCUUUCAGUCAACAUGGUAACCUUAGGCAACAUGAGAGAACUCACACUGGGGAGAAACCAUACAUCUGCCAUCUAUGUGGGAAAUCCUUCAAUCAAAGUGGUCACCUUAGGAAGUUGUGUGCCAAUACAGGGUUUAGACUUGAGACCAGUUUUCAGUCCUGCUUCUCCCGCCUGCUCACCAUCUGUAAGAGGUAA